AUGUCGUUCCUCAACGUCGCCGCGCCCUCGCCAACGCCCUCCAACUCAUCUGCAAAUGGCGCCAAGCGUAAGCGUCAAGCAGAGGCCGCGAACGUCGUCUACUCGCAGCCAGCGGACAUGGGCACCGGUGACCACAUCUACACUCAGUUUGGCUUUGCCCGUGACCACCUGAAGGACGGCUUGAAGCAGCUGUCGUUCGAGGAGAUUAUGAAGUACCUGAACGUACGAGAGGACCAGCCCAACUGGAAACAGCUGCGUCAGCUCUUCCACUCGCCUUCCAAGGACAACCGUAUAGGGUACGACCACGCGACAAACUUGUACCACUACAAGCCCAAGCUUAACAUUCGCAACCCCCAGCAACUGAAGGCCUACCUCCAGAGUCAAAAGUCGGCGCAGGGAUUGUCAAUCAAGGACCUGAAGGAUGGCUGGCCGAACGUAGCGGACGAGAUCAGGCCUCUGCAGGCGAAGAAGCUCAUCCUGUUGAAGGAGACCAAGGACGGCGUGCCGAAGACAGUGUGGGACAACGAUCCGUCGCUCCAGCAUUCCAUGGACACCCAGUUCAUCAGCGACUGGCAUAAGAUCGCUAUCCCCGCCAAUCCGGAUGAUAUGCGUAACACGCUACUGAAUGUUGGCCUGAACGUUGCCACUGCGCCGCGCGUGACUGUCGACAACACACCGAAGCCCAAGAAAAAGCGUGCGCCGCGCAAGAACGGUAGAGUUACCAAUACGCACAUGGCUCACGUCCUCAAAGACUUCUCUGGACUGCGAAAGUAA